UCUGUUCAGCAAGUAACUGCUCGUUUGCCUCAAGAAACAUGCAAGAAACAGCACGGAUGUAAAAUUGAAACAUCAAAACUGUAAUAGCGAAAGUCAAUUACGGACUCAAAUUGAGCAACAUUCAGAUUGAAAUGCUUAUUACGUAAAGCUAAAUUACAACAAAAAGUUUCUAUCUGUGAAACAUUUCCAUUUCUUUCCUACUUGCGGUAUUCCUUACAGAGAGGUUGGCUUUCUAGGAUCGUUCUGCACGUAAGGAAUUUGGUAAAGCAAGCAGACGAAAAGCUUAAACAGAUACAGAAGACUCAUUCAAAAGGCCAGAAAUCUUGAUUUUACUUUCAAAAUCGAUAGGUAAAUUCCUUGAAAUUUCCUCACUUUGGCCUGCAUUAAGCUACAAAAUCGAGCAUUAAACAAUUUAGCAACUCCUUAAAACACGAUGCUCUCAUUCAUUCAGUAUCUUGCAAAAACAGCAGUACUGUACAUUUUGAUCUGAAAUUCUCUUUUCAUAGAACUUCAUUAGAACUAUUAAUUGUCAAAAAACUUCCUUCUGUUGCAUCUUGAUCAAUCUAUGUGACAUUUGAAUGGGAUGUUUAGCAAUAUUAUUUGAAUAAGGAAUUGAAAUUAAAACCAAUCAAAUAGAUCAUGUAACGAUAAUCUUUAGAUCAUGUAACAAACAAUCGUUUCCUCUGCUGAAAAAUUGCCGACGACUUUAGAUGCCAUUAAAUUUCCCAACAUCUUCGUGAAAUUCCCCAAUCGUGAAAAGGAUCAAUGUACCCCCGUGCAUUUUUCUUACUUUCGUUUAGCUGAGAUACUUUGCGGCCACCAGGCAUUACAAAGAAGCUGAUUUAACACAGGUAAAGGAACUGGCGUAGCAAGCAUUUCAUUUUUUAUAGAAGAUGUUGAAGAUGAUUAUUGUAACUGGAUUAUCUUUUCCUAGCACUUUGUAUUUGCAUUAAGGAUCGUUGGCAUUUGAUCAGCUGCCUUAGAAGGGAUUCGCCAAUGUGAAAGAGUUGUUGGUCAAACCUACACACAAGUUUACAGUUUACAAGGAAGAAAGACAAAUGGAGAUGAUGAUGCUUCAAAAAAUUGCAAUAUUGAUGGCUGUUAUGCUCGUUUAUACUUCAGGAUUCGGAGCAGAGGGCUUUUCUGCAAAAAGUCAAAUGCUGCAAGCAAAAAAUGCCACAAAUGCAUCAGCCACAAUCCCAUCGGCAUUCGAAAAGGCACUUAAUCAGACCGGACACUCCUUGGCGAGAGCGUUGCUUUUUCGGUAUCCUGAAUUGUUUAAUGUUGCGAGCCAAUUGGUUAAUAACAGCUUGUCCAGUAGUAACGAUUCUACUCCCGUUAACAUAACUGAUAUUUGUUUAUCAGCAAAGAACUUGCUUAAUAUAAAGAAGGAUAACUGCAAGCCCCCUUUUAUUUCAGGAGGCAUACGGCGGCUAUGCCUGAGAAUUGCUAAUACCACAAAACAAACGAAUGCAACAUCAACACAGUCAUCGCAUGAUAUCUGCAGUUCGUUGAUACUCGCACCAACAACGCCGGCCCCUUUGAAACAAGUUGGAAGGAAGAGGCAACUCGUUGUAAGAGAUUUUUCAAUUAAAGACGUGAAAUCCACAAAUGAUACUGCUCCUUCAAUGUCUGGUAGGGGAGUUACUACAAUAGAUGGUAUAGUAAGUGAAAACAAGAAUACCACAGAUGUAAACACCACAACGACACCAGCAAAAGGGACAGAAAUUCCAUACACGCAUCCACAUUUUUCAACCACUCCAAUGCCUAUACCGAUACCAUUGUCAAGAAAAAGGAAACUCCCAGACCCUUUUCCAAUGCCAACACAUCGUCCUAUUCAUUUUGCUACGAAUUACUUUUUUCUUGCAAUAAAGGUUAUAGCAAAGACUGUAAUAAUUACCUACAAGGAACGGUGUAGAAAAAGCAACGGAGAAUAUGACAGUAUUAGUAACACAUGUCGAAUUCCAAUUACUGACAACAGUGGUGCCAACCAAACAAACCAGAAUAACGUUUCUACUAAUUACACUGUGGUACAAUAUGAAAUGCCAUCAUCAUCCAAAAGACCCCUCUUUUUACUAAGCAUGAUCGGAAAUGUUUUCAGCAUCGUCUGCUUGAUUGGCCUGUUACUUUCUUAUUCACUCAUGAAGACAAGUCUCUCCACCCUUGACAAGAGUAUCAUGUGCUUGUCUUUCUGCAUGGCCUUCUCGCACACACUGCAACUGAUGUUGUUCUGGCUGGGUAAAAAACCGGGAUGGUGCAAAAUAAUAGGCAUCUUGCUUCACUGGUCAUUGUUAACUUCUUUCAUGUGGAUGGCUCUCAUAUCAUAUAGCUUUUUUGUGACAUUUUCUCGCCUGCUCAUUGCCACGAAUCGCCAGAAGAACAGACGUUUCAGACAUCACUUCCUCUUUGCUACGUCAAUACCAACCAGCGUCACACUGGUUUGCUUUUUUCUGGGAAUUUCAAAAGAAGAUUUCUCUGGCUAUGGUGCUAAUGGUAUAUGCUUUGUGUCAAAAUUUUGGGCAAACUUAUUUGCAUUCGUAGUCCCAGUGGCUCUCAUUCUGGUUAUGAAUGUUACAUUCCUCACAUUCACUGUUUUUAAGAUACGGAAAACGAAGAAAGAUAACGACAGGGCUUUGAGAUCCAACAACAACAAAACCAAAAGGAAGAAGAUCGUUAUUGGACUUAUAACACUUAAGCUUUCGAUACUUUUCGGCAUAGGAUGGCUGCUUGGGUUCCUUGACGGUUUCAUCCCCAGCAAGAUUCUCUCUUACAUGUUCAACGUGAUUGUAUCUACUCAAGGCAUAGCUGUGUUCAUCGCUUUUGGAAACAUUAAACAUCUUUUUGAAAAAACCGUUUGGAAAGUCGUGAGAAGAUCAAGAAACAGCAGCAGACUUACUACCAUCAGCCAUUCGUUCACAAAUCCAAGAUACCGAACUACCUCGUUGUAGUUUUGAUAAUGGUCAAGGCGGUGUGGUCAGAGUGCGGGUCACUUUCCACAAGCCACCAGGAACUCAGCUUUCUAUCCUUUCAAAGUCUGUAAAUGAGUACCCAGGGUAUCCGUUCUAGAACAUCAUCAGCUAACAGAAAUCUGCCACAAAACUAGCUUGCUUACCAUCUUUUCAAGGUAUGAAAGACUGCUAACAAUGUAGUAAACUUAUUUUAAAGUUAGUAAACUACUUGAUCAAUACUUCUCUUCUAGAAUUACUAUUUUAAUGUUGUUUGAAUGACAUAAAACAUGCCUUUGAUAAGUUGAGAAGAUUAGGAUGCCGCUCUGUCAUCGUGUCUAAUUGUCUGUAAAACUCGACAAAACUCUUGAAUCAGAAUAAUGUCUUCAAGCCACACAAACGGUAUUUUAGCGAAAACUGCGAUCUAGCAUGGUGAAGGAAAAAUUACAUCGUAUAGUGACUAAUUCAUAUUGCCUCAUUUGCAGAAUCAACAUUCAGUAACAGUGCUUGGGCCAAAAAGUAUAUUGUUAUGCGUAAGCAUUGAAGGUGUAUAGAAUUGAGGUAUACUAAACAAGUUGUCAUACCAGAACGGAAACUUAGCAGUGCACAAAGAAGCUAAUCAGCAACAGGAGAUUAGACUUCUUCUUGGCUUUCUUAAAGUUGAGUAGACUUAAGCCCCAAACAUAUCAGUUGGCCUCAAAUAUACUCGGCUGUGUGUCCGUAGGUCCGAACACGAGAAAAAAAUGUAUAGAGCGUCAAGAAACUGUUCUCGAUCUUCAAUGGUUGACAAGUUCAAAUGCAUUCUCAAUUGUUAUCUGUCAUCUGCUUAAUCAAACAUUUAUGAUAUUACGAUUGAUGUAAUCUUGUUACCAUUAUUCUUGUGAAUGGUAUAUAAAAUUUAACGCCAAGUUUAUCGACAAGACCAAGUUUUAUGUUAUGGUAUAGUUGAUAAAGUUAUUGUAAACAAUUAUAUAUUUUUCAGCGUACAAAAAAAAUGUCAUGAGUAAAAAUGGUCUUCAAGUUAGGUAAUUUAAUUAGAAAAUAGUUCAUUCCUUCAUUCUCUUUUAAUUUGUUUGAUUAACUAUUUGACUUGCUAUGAUUAUUGCGUUUAAAUAUAUUUAUAAUGUGCUCUAUUGUAUAUGAUGUCUUUAAAAUAAACAAUAUCACUCGAAGAAGCCCCAACUAAUUAGUAAUUCUAAUCUUUUUGUACCAAAAAUGUCAUAUUAGUAUUUUUAUACCAAAACCAUUACCUGGUAAAAACUCACUUCUGGUGACUCAUGGACCCACAUAUAUUCAGAAUAAAUAACAUAAACAUUAAAAGUUUUAUUAAAAGUAUGGAAAUGCCUCAAAGCAAUUCCUGUCUAUUUCACAGUUAUACUAUAGUUCUCUAGUAAAUUCCUCGGGAAAACUAAAGAAGUAAGCCAUGAAAAGAAUGCCACCAUGUAAUAAUUUUCCCUUUAUAGGUAUCUUAUUGUUGGUGACACUACAAAUUCAUAUGAAGUGCAAAUUAGACUAAAUCAUGACCCUGAAAGGUGGUGGAAUUUAAGGGGGUUACAAGUAGCUGCCUGGCUCUCCAAAUCGACUUGACUUAGAAAGUUUUCCACAACAAUAAAAAAAAUUAGGAAAUGAAUAAAAAGCCACUCUAACAAAAAACAUGGAAGUUUUGCUGCACUCGCCCCACAACUCAAAAAUCUGAUUUUUUGCCUUUGGCCCUGAAGACGUAGAGCCCAUGUUUACAAGAUAAAGGCAUUUUGGUUUUUUUGCAUAAUUUGGAAUCUGUUGUUGUCCCGAUCCCUUACGUAAUAGGAUCACACAUGCAUGUAGUAGUAUAAAAAAUGGUGUCUUGUAUUCAUAACAUAUAAUUUGACGUACGUAUAUUGCGAUAGUGACAAAAAGUGAUAAUUCAAAUUAAAAAGAAAGGUCUUUUCUUUAUUUUGCCCUACUGUCAAAAUAAAGUUCACAUAUUUUCGAC